AUGCCAAUGGGUAUGAAAAUUUCCAAGAGUUUCAUAAGCCAUGUGACUGGAUUCCCUCCAGAGGAUGAAAAACUUGAGGACCUUUUCAGUUCUAACCCAACCAUCAUAUACAAAGGACAAUCACAUUCAAUUUCAGAUUUUUGUCAUCUUUCAUUGGAAGGAGAAUUCCGUGCCUAUCGGCACCAAGGAGUACCUAAAUUGGUUGAGUCCAAUCCUGAGCAUCCUGAUAAGUGGAUUCUGACUUGGAAGUGGAACUGUCUUCAAGAAGAAGGUUGGAGUGAGGGGAUUGUAACAGUUGGGAUCUUAUCAUGGAGUGGAAUGAUUUCCAUUUUCAAUUCAUUAUCAAAGUUAUCUAUCCCAAUAUGA